AUGAAAAAUUUUGCUUCACCAUUAAAAAAAGUUUUUAUACUAUGUUUUAUAUUAACAAUAAUAAUAAUAGGAUAUAAUAUUAUAAAUGAAAGUAUAGAAUUUACAGAUGUUUUUUAUUUUCAACAAAGUAAAAGUUUUGAACAAACUAGGGAUCCAAACCAAGUUGAAACAAUAUAUACAAAAUAUAAUGUAGAUGGUGAUGAUACGACAAAGAAUUACCUUUACGAGGGUGAACAUGUAAUUGAAAAUUAUAAAAGUUUAAAUAUAUCCUCAGAGUAUUUGGUACUGUUCAAUUAUAUUGGAUAUUUUGAAUAUAGAAUUCCAAAUGAUGCAGCAUUCAAAUGUCAAGGACUCGACGACAACUUUUAUUAUGUCGUCCCUUUGGAUAACUCGACAGCAAACAUCGGACACCAACUACCACCACCAUCACACCCACCAGUUGAUAUGGAGAUCUAUUUCGAUAUUAAAAACUCAUUCCAAAUGAUAGACGACAGUUCACCAAAUCAUGUGCCAAGAAUGUUGAUCACAUUGGAGCCUCCACCAUUUAGAGGAUGCGAAUUUGAGAAAUCAUGUGUAGAAUCAUUUAAUUUCAAACUUUCAUUCGAAUCAAAAUCAGAUGUUAGAUUAGGUUUCGAUUCAAAAAUAAGUCCAUUUGAAGAGUUUAGAAAAUUACCUUUGUCAUUGAUUUUGGAAACUCAAAAUCAAUUCAAGAAUGAUUAUGAACAAAGGAAAUUAAAUAAUUCAUUACUAGCUCACCAAACAUCAUUCCCAAUGAUAGAUUGGUUUUGUUCAAAUUGUGAAACACAAUCGAAUCGUAUUGAAUAUGUAAAGGAAUUAAUGAAAUAUAUGGUUGUGGAUUCGUAUGGAAAUUGUCUUAAAAAUAUGCCAACACCUGAUUACCUAGCCAGAAGAUCGGUUGACCCUUUCACUAGAAAGAGACUAUUUAUUACAAAAUAUAAAUUCACAAUUGUUUUUGAAAAUUCAUUAUGUAAAGAUUACGUAUCUGAGAAGGUAUUGGAUGCAUUAUCGGCUGGUUCCGUACCAAUCUUUAUGGCUCAUCCAAGUACUAUCAAAUAUUUACCAUAUCAAUCUUAUAUAUACGUUGGUGAUUUUGACUCUGCAGAGGAAUUAGCAAAUCAUUUGAAAUAUUUAGGUGAAAAUGAUAUCGAGUAUAAUAAAUUUCAUGCAUGGAGAUCAAAUGAGACUGCAAUCGAUCAAUGGAAAGGUGUAAAUAAUUAUCCAAAUAAACCUGGUUUUAAAUUACUUGAACUUCAAUGUCCAAUUCUAAGACAUUUCCUACGUUUAAAAACUGGUAAAAUACAUUUAAAAAAUUUAAAAUAUAAACCAUUUGAUGAAGUUUGUUUACCAUCGACUUAUUUUAAAGUAAAAUAA